CCGCUGGCUGGAUGUAAAUGAGGGAAGCUGACCAGUGGAAACUCGCCGCAGUGGGACUGUGCGCCUCCUCUCUGCAGCUCACAUUCUCUCUUUCUCUCACAUCACUAUGGAUUUUUAUUUUGUAGCACUUUUUAUGACUUUUCUAGUGGCAUCGCUCACCCGCAGGUCAGGUGCGAGCGGGCCGGUCAUCAGAUGCGAACCUUGCGACAUCAGAGCGCGGCUUUUGUGCAAGCCAUUACCCAAGGAAUGCGCCGAAAGAGUCCGCGAACCGGGUUGCGGCUGCUGCAUGACUUGCGCCCUGAGCUUCGGCCAGCUUUGCGGAGUGUACACCGGGAGAUGCAGCUACGGGCUGACCUGUCAGCAUCAACCAGGUGAAACGAAACCCCUGCAGGCUCUGCUGGAGGGUCGAGGUGUUUGCGUAAACGCGACGAACAGGCGGCCGUCGGUCAGACCUACAACCACAUCUCCGGUCAAUGAAGUGCCAGCUAUGGCAGACAACAAAGAGGCUAAACAUAAUGAGGGGAAUCCAUCCACUGCACCUUCCAGGCCUUCGCUUCACCCCUACGUAUCCUCUGCAAAGUUAAAUGCCAUCAGAUGGGAGCAACAGAAGGCAACCCAGAUCUUUAAGACAGAGGACCUCCCAGGACCAGUCAUCACAGACCAACUAAACAUCUCUCUAGAGACCAAACAGGAGCCUGAGUAUGGUCCCUGUAGAAGAGAGAUCGAGCGCAUUCUCAGCACCAUGAAAAUUAACAACAUCCUCAACCCCAGAGGUUUCCGCAUCCCAAACUGUGACAAGAAGGGCUUCUAUAAGAAAAAGCAGUGCCGUCCAUCCAAAGGCAGAAAGCGAGGCUUCUGUUGGUGUGUGGACAAAUAUGGCCAGCCUCUGUCAGGGUUUGAUGGGAAGGAGAGAGGAGCCCAGCGCUACAACCCCAAGAGCCAAUAGGAGUGAAGCAGGCUGGAGAGGGAGGGAGAGUGGGAGUGUACAAAAAGAACUGUAAACAAACAGAGACACUAAGGAUAUUGGAGGAGAGGUCAAGAGAUGGCUCGGCUGAUAUGUGGAUGUUUGCUGUUUCUAUCUGUUGCCUGUGGGAUCCGUUCUUCACUGAGGCAGAACAAAGGGAGCAGAGAAAGUGUAUCAGGUGGAAAGUCCUGGAAUUUAUGCUACAAACAGACGAUAAGCUCUUUUAUUUCUUACUACCACCUAGACAGCUAAUGGAAAAAUUAUAUGCUUUAGAAUUCAUUUUGAAUGCCUUAAACUGAUUAGGAAACACACACAAACACAAAACUAAACACGACACAGAUGGCGAUAAGUUAUCUCUUCGAUUUACGCACAAUUAUGGCAUUACAUAUGUGUACAUACGUUUUGUUGUGUAGUCAUUAUUUGUAUGCUGGUAGUUUGGUGGAUAUGAUGACCAUGAAAUGUAUAUAUGUAUGAAUUUGCUGUUCAGUGUAAUCAUGCAGUGCCUUACGAUAAAUGCCUGUUUGUAUGAAUUUCAUUGUUUCCCGUGGAGUAUGACAGGAUUGUGCAGCUCAAACACUACCAUGCAUUUAAAGGGUAUCUAUGCUGGAUCUGUUAUCUUUGAUUUUUCAUAAAGCCAGAGAUUUUGUUCUGUGCGUUCCUUAGCUGAAGUGUUUGUAUGUAAAGUCUAGCAAUCAAAUUUCUAUUUUUACUUAAUAAAGGCAAUGAAAAAAAUG